AUGACCACCGAAAUGGAACAGAAAAGCCCUCCUCCUACCUCCCAUGGAAUAAGAAUCAGCCAUGAAACAGUAGAAGAAGUGGAUUACGAGUCUCUUCCAGCAAACUCUUCCCUUGUAGCCAACCUUUCAGCAGGAGCAUUUGCUGGUAUCAUGGAGCAUACGGUCAUGUUCCCCAUAGAUGCAAUCAAAACAAGAGUUCAGAUGAAGAAGCAUUCGUCUCUUCCACGAGGAAUCAUCGCCUCUGUUUCAAAGAUUGCUUCAACUGAAGGUGGCCGGGUUCUCUGGCGAGGUGUAUCAUCAGUGGUCUUGGGAGCAGGACCCGCACAUGCUGUCUAUUUUGCAGUCUUUGAAAAUUCCAAGACAGCUUUGGUUAACACCUUCACUAAUAAUUAUAACUCGCAACUCAUCACAGAUCAAAACUACCCAGUAAUUGCUGCCUUGUCUGGUAUCUGCGCUACACUUGCGUCCGAUGCCCUAAUGACUCCAUUUGACGUCGUCAAGCAAAGAAUGCAAGCUGAUAAAACUGUACCCAAAUUGAACCUACCUCAGAUGGCUCGCCAUCUGUAUGCAUCGGAGGGCUUAUCUACGUUUUACGUUUCCUAUCCAACAACUCUAUUAAUGAGUAUUCCUUUUGCUGCGAUCAACUUCGGAGUUUACGAAUGGACAGCCUCCAUAUUAAACCCAAAUCAUAAUUACGAUCCUUUAAUGCACUGUAUAUCCGGGGGUGUUUCCGGGGCUCUGGCAGCUGCAGUUACAACACCUUUGGAUUGCAUCAAGACUGCUCUACAAACUAAAGGGUUAGCGUCAGAUCCUGGUGUUCGAAACUCCAGAGGAAUAAAAGAUGCCACUAUAGCCCUUUACCGUCAGUCAGGAUACUCAGCCUUUUUGCGUGGUCUCAGACCUCGUAUCAUCUUCAACAUUCCUUCCACGGCUAUCAGCUGGACUGCUUAUGAGAUGGCAAAGGCCUAUUUUUUCAACGCUCAAUUCUGA